AUGUGCCUGUCUGAGAUGGGGACGCUGUGGCACCAUUGGUCCCCCGUGCUCAUCAGUCUGGCUGCCCUGUUCUCCAAAGUGACCGAAAGCCGAGGAAUUCUGGAGAGCAUCCAGAGAUUUUCCCUGCUGCCCACCUACCUGCCUGUGACGUACCACAUCAACAACGCAGAUGUCUCCUUCUUCCUUAAGGAAGCCAACCAGGAUAUCAUGAGGAACUCCAGCCUGCAGUCUCGGGUGGAAUCAUUUCUGAUUUACAAGUCCAAGAGGCUGCCUGUUCUAAAUGCUAGCUACGGGCCUUUUUCCAUUGAGCAAGUGGUGCCCCAGGAUUUAAUGCUACCUUCCAACCCUUUUGGAUUCACCAACAAGUUUUCUCUUAACUGGAAACUAAAAGCCUACAUCCUGCGGGAUAAAAUCUACCUAAGCUGGCCCAAAGUGCAGAUUCUGUUCCACAUUGUGGGCAGAGACUGGGAUGACCACAGCACCAGAGAGAAGCUGCCCUGCCUGAGGGUCUUUGCCUUCCGUGAGACCAGAGAGGUGAGGGGCAGCUGCCGGCUGAAGGGGGACCUUGGGCUGUGUGUGGCAGAGCUGGAGCUCCUGUCCAGCUGGUUCAGCCCCCCCACGGUGGUUGCGGGGAGGAAGAAGUCAGUGGAGCAGCCGGAGGGCAGUCCUGUGGAGCUGUACUACACAGUGCAUCCAGGGGACGAACGAGGGGACUGUGUCAAGGAAGACUCACAGAAAAGCAAUGGCAUGAGGACAGGCCACAAUGACGUUGAUGAGGCUGGGCCCCCCUUGCAGAGAAUUGGGAGUAUCUUUCUUUACCAGACCCACAGUAGACCUUCCUUGAGAGCACUGCACUUAGACAACAACGUGGCCGUCCACUACCUACCAAAGACGGUUCGACAAGGAGACAUGCUCACUUUCCCUGUUUCCAUCUCUAAAAAUUCCACAGAAGAUCACUUCACACUGAGGGCAAAGGUGAAGAAAGGCGUGAACAUCAUUGGGGUAAGAGCCAGCAGCCCUUCUCUUUGGGAUGUCAAGGAAAGCAUGGAUUCUACUGGGAAGUAUGCACCAGCUGUCAUCAUUUGUCAGAAGAAAUCUUCUGGCUCAGAAAACAGUGUGGACAGUGCCUCCUAUGAAGUCAUGCAGAUUGACAUAGAAGUAGAGGAGCCCAGUGACCUGCCAGCCACACAGCUGGUCACCUGGCAGGUUGAAUACCCAGGCGGGAUCACAUCUGACCUAGGAGUGUCCAAGAUCUACGUGAGCCAAAAGGACUUGGUUGGAGUUAUACCUCUGGCCAUGGAGGCAGAAAUCCUGAACACAGCCAUCCUCACUGGGAAGACGGUGGCUGUUCCGGUGAAGAUAGUCUCUGUGGAGGAGGACGGCACGGUGACAGAACUGCUGGAAUCUGUGGACUGCAGAUCAUCUGAUGAAGAUGUGAUUAAGGUUUCUGACAGAUGUGACUACGUCUUUGUUAAUGGGAAAGAAAUGAAAGGCAAGGUUAACGUGGUGGUCAACUUCACCUACCAGCACCUCAACAGUCCUCUGGAGAUGACAGUGUGGGUGCCCCGGCUCCCACUGCAGAUUGAGGUCUCAGAUGCUGAGCUCAACCAGAUCAAGGGCUGGAGAGUGCCUAUCAUCACCAACAAAAGACCAGCCCGGGACAGCGAGGAAGAGGAGGACGAUGAGAGGAGGGGCCGGGGCUGCACCCUGCAGUACCAGCACGCCAUGGUGCGGGUCUUGACCCAGUUUGUGGCUGAGGCGGCUGGCCCUGGGGGACACCUGGCCCACCUGUUGGGCUCGGACUGGCAAGUGGACAUCACGGAGCUGAUCAAUGACUUCAUGCAGGUGGAGGAGCCCAGGAUCGCCAAGUUGCAAGGGGGGCAGAUCCUGAUCGGACAGGAGCUUGGGAUGACCACCAUUCAGAUCCUGUCACCUCUGUCAGAUGCCAUCCUGGCUGAAAAGACCAUUACCGUGCUGGAUGAGAAGGUGACUAUCACAGAUCUCGGGGUCCAGCUGGUGACGGGGCUUUCACUCUCCCUGCAGCUCAGCCCAGGGAGCAACAGAGCCAUCUUUGCCACAGCAGUGGCUCAGGAACUCCUGCAGAGGCCCAAGCAGGAAGCAGCCAUAAGUUGCUGGGUCCAGUUCAGCGAUGGCUCAGUUACACCCUUAGAUAUCUAUGAUGGGAAAGACUUCUCCUUGAUGGCCACAUCCUUGGAUGAGAAGGUGGUCUCUAUCCACCAAGAUCCCAAGUUCAAGUGGCCUAUAAUUGCUGCUGAAACUGAAGGACAAGGUGCUCUGGUAAGGGUUGAAAUGGUGAUCAGUGAAUCAUGCCAGAAAUCUAAGCGGAAGAGUGUGCUAGCUGUUGGAACGGCAAACAUCAAAGUUAAAUUUGGCCAAAACGAUGCUAACCACAACACCAGUGACAGCAGAUACACUGGGGCAGGUGUUCACCUGGAAAAUAAUGUCAGUGACAGAAGGCCCAAGAAACCUUUGCAAGAAUGGGGGAGUCCAGAAGGACAGUACUACAGCAGUUCUUCCAUGGGACUCAUGGAAGGAAGAGGCACCACAACAGAUAGGUCAACCUUCCAGAAGAAGAACAGCCAGGAAAGCCUUUUAGAUGAUGACAACCAUUUGCAGACCAUGCCCAUUGACCUCACCAGCUUCCCAGCCCAGGUAGAUCUCCCCAGCAGCAAUGGGGAAAUGGAUGAGAAUGACCUUAUGCAGGCAUCCAAAGGGCUGAGUGACUUGGAAAUUGGGAUGUACGCUUUGUUGGGUGUCUUCUGCCUGGCCAUUUUGGUCUUCUUGAUAAACUGUGUGACCUUUGCGUUGAAGUACAGGCACAAACAGGUUCCCUUUGAAGAACAGGAAGGUAUGAGUCACUCCCAUGACUGGGUUGGGUUAAGCAAUCGGACAGAACUGCUGGAGAAUCACAUUAACUUUGCAUCCUCCCAAGAUGAGCAAAUCACCGCCAUUGACAGGGGCAUGGAUUUUGAGGAGAGUAAAUAUCUCCUCAGCACAAACUCCCAAAAAAGCAUUAAUGGGCAGCUGUUCAAACCUUCAGGACUCACAAUCACUGACGGGAAAGAUCAGAAAAGUGAGCCCCCAACAUCCCCUACCUCAAAAAGGAAAAGAGUGAAAUUUACCACCUUCACCACCAUCUCCUCGGAUGACCCGUGCCCCACAGGGAACUCCAUAGUGAUGAGCAGUGAGGAUGACAUCAAGUGGGUCUGCCAGGAUCUGGAAGCUGGGGACUGCAGAGAGCUACACGACUACAUGGAAAGGUUACAUGAAAAUGUGUAA